CGGCCAUUUCCUAAUGUCAUUUUGGAUUAAACUACCUUCUUUCUGGGGGCCUAAAAGCUGCCUGGGUGAGCCCGUUGCUGUAACUAAUGAGACAAGUCUGGAGAGUCAAAGUACAUACGACACUUUAAGAACUUCAUUACCCUGAAUUCUCCCAAUUUGACCCAACAAGGUGCUAAAUAAGGUUGGAGACUUCGGUAAAAGUUAUCUGAGAGUUAAAAUCUCUGAUGAUGACAAUGUUAAAAAAAUUUACACAUUUAAAUUUUCUUCCUCUUCAGCUCCUGCAAGAGAAAUGUUCAUAAGGGGAAUUUUCUACCUAUAACUCUGACAUAUUUAAGUAUUUAUUAGUGUUUUUUCCCCCUUGCCUCGACACAAUCUUGUAAUCAGGGAAAGCGAAAACGGAGCUGGUGAAAAAUCAGAGGAGAGCAGAAGAUCAGGUUUCUCAGCCACUCUGUUCCCUAAUCCUGGAUUUGGAAAUGGGAUAAGAACGUAGGUAAGUACAAACACAGGCAAUUACAGCACUGACAUGGGUUUGGAAGGCGGUGGUAGUGUGUGUGUGUGUGUGUAUGUGUGUGGGGGGGUGCUUGAUAGAAAAUAGGUGGAGGAGGGGGUGGCUAGGUGUAGAUGGGUGGGGUAUAAAUACCUGCAGUAGAACAAGACAGAAAAAUGCUGAGGGUAUGACCUGAUGGUGAAUAAAGACACGGAGGUGCUGAGAACAUCGUUUCAGCGGGUCUACCUGUGAUUUUAAACUUUUCACUAUUCAUCUUCAAGGGUCUUGUUUGAGGCUAGAGUCUGAAACUGUGAAGAGUUCUGGCAGAGGUGCUGACCUCCAUGAAAAAAACCACAAAACGAACCUUUUACAAGUUUUUUUUUUCCCUUUUUUAGCCUUCAGAUUUUCCCAGGCGCCUGAAGGGAGACGAACGCUUCACUGAGCCACAGAGAAAACGGACAAGAUAAGGACACGAAACUCCAGUUGUAAGGCGACUAGUCGGUGAAAAACAGAAAACUUCAGGAACAAGAGCAGAAACACAAGCUUCACUCAAGGAAGGAAACAAAACAAAACAGAUUUCACAAUUUAAAGAAUGCUAAACAGUAAAAACAAAGAGACGUGCCGAGAUAGAGCGAACUAGGACGCACCGACAUCAGAUCUGCCAAAAACCUAAAACCAGACCUAAAACCAGAGAAAUAUGGCAUGCCAGGCAUUUGGUGCCGACUCUUUCUCCUCACUGGCAGGAGACUCACCUUUACCCAUCCUCAUGCACCACGGCUCUACAGGUGACUGCCUACCAAACACCUCUCACAGCAUGGUCUCUGCAGUGUCGUCAGGGCUGUCUCUGGGUCAGACCUCCAAGCGCUCCCACAUGCUUGGUAAUGCCCCCCCAAGCCUGCAUUACCCGGUCACCCCCUGCCAUUACAGCAACCAGCAAGCCACCUAUGGCAUGAUGGCAGCUCAGGAGAUGCUUUCCGCCAGCAUCUCCCAGACUCGCAUCCUGCAGACCUGCGGAGUCCCUCACCCUAACAUGGUGAGUGGUGCCAACCCACUACAAGGGUCUCUGACGCCCUGCAUUUAUAAGUUUCCAGAUCAUGGUCUCAGUAGCAGUUCCUGCGCGUUGAGCCACGGUUUCUCAUCGCUGCCCUCUGCGCUCCUCUCAGCUGACGAGGCCUCUGUGGUUCCCAGUGGAGAGCUGAAAAACGACACCCAAAGGAAGAGCAUGCGGGAACCUGAAGAUGCUCCUGCCAUGGAUUCGCCGCAGAUACGGGAGCUGGAAAUGUUUGCAAACGACUUCAAAAUACGCAGGAUCAAACUCGGCUACACUCAGACGAAUGUCGGCGAGGCUCUAGCUGCGGUGCACGGCUCGGAGUUCAGCCAGACCACGAUUUGCCGGUUUGAAAAUUUGCAGCUGAGUUUUAAGAACGCCUGCAAACUCAAGGCCAUUCUGGCCAAGUGGCUUGACGAAGCUGAGCUGGCCGGUGCCUUGUACAACGAUAAAUCAGGAAUGAAUGAGCGUAAGAGGAAGAGAAGAACCACUAUCAGCCUCGGAGCUAAGGAGGCCCUGGAGCGCAGCUUCGUGGAGAAAAGUAAGCCAUCCUCUCAGGAAAUAGCGCGGAUAGCCAAAGGCCUCCAUCUGGAGAAGGAGGUGGUCCGAGUCUGGUUCUGCAACAGGCGCCAGAGGGAGAAACGGGUCAAAACCAGCCUCAACCUCAGCUCCUGUCUGACAAAACUCAGCCCAACCUGCAUCUCACAAAUGAGUAAAACACAAAGACCGCUGACUUAAACUUCAGAUGAAGUCUGACUUUCCUGAAGGCCACAGCUCGUAGGAACGUAUUUUCCCCUGUUGCUCUGGUCUCCAUGUUACGUCUUACCUCACUUACUUGAACUGAUUUAUUUUUAAUCCCAGUGUUGUCCAGAGGGAAAAUAAAAGCACAUUUUCAGGAAGGUUAAUGUCAGAUGAAAAACAAACAUGAUUUUUGUUGUUGUCUAAAAAUGAUUUGUGACGCUUAAAGAAACAAGAAAGGCUGCAGCUGCCAGCUUUGACAUUUAAAACGAGCCGAGUGACCACAGGAAAACAGGAAGUCUGUUAAACGUACAGAGCAAAUGGAAAUUCACACAUAAAGCAGCAGAAACCACUUUGUAAAAAAACAACUCAGUGCCUCUGAAAACUCAGCAACAGUCCUUAGCUCGUCCUUGUUGUUGUUUUUCCUGGAAAUGUUUCUGUUGAUGGAAGAAUGAAGCUUUCUGACGCUUAAAGGAGCAACAUGCAAGAAUUCUACAGUGAAAUAAUCACAAAACACUCCUGUUGGAAGGAAGGUUGCAUUGAAAUGGAUUUCCUUCUCGGGCGGGGGUUAGUUUUUCUGUCUGUGAACACGUGAGGUUGCUGGGUCUGCCCUGAGCUAACGCUGCAGCGUGUAAGAACAUGUUGAGACUCUGACAGUGAGAAAAUCCCAAAAGAGUCUAAUGCCUCAGUCAUUUUGGAAGGAAGGUUAUACUGAAACAUAUCCAGCUAGCUGCGGGGAUUGUCAGUUUUUCUCCUUUCAAAACAAAAGAAGGGACGUAACUCUUGUUUACCAUCGGUGAGCGUGGGGUUGCCGGGUCUCCUACCGCAGCACCGACAGCUGUGAUUUGACGAAAGCCGGCAAAAGUCUCAGAGUUGUUUAAAGUGGUUGCAGUAAUCAAAUGUUACCACAGGAUGUCAUUUUUACUUCUUUUCUACAAAAUGCACCUUUAAGGAAGCAAAGCCAGCAAACAGCAGCAAUCCAGAAGUUUUUUCUUGUACCCCUAAACCACCGCGUCAUUUUAUAACUCUAACAUCAGGUACAGGAGGCUAGAGGCUAACGGUGGAAUAUAAGCACAUGGUUGGCUCUAAAAAUAUCUCAAGCUACUUUUUCAAACACCAACAGCUGGACAUUACAGUGAAACGUGUGUGAAGUGAAUAAUGAGCCAGUCGUGUCGUUUUACUGCCUUUAAUGAGUCGCUCAGAACUUUAACAGCAAGACACCAAACACCUCUAAUGCUGGAGGCAUACUACCGUAAUAAGUGUAGUAAGUGCUCCCUACCAUAAAACACCUGAUUGCCAUCAGCAGAUACAACAAUGUAUUUUUCUACUUAAGUACUUAUUGUGUAUGGCUUGCCCUCACUCGUCAUCUAGAAUCUUCUGGUGCUGAUCCACAACUGGCAACAGCCAUGAAACUCAGAGCUGUGGUGAGAAAAUGGCCUUUAUGUUUAGAAAAAUGAGCUGCAGUACCCACAUUUGCCCACAGGGUGUCACUUUUACUUCAGUCUUACUUAUUGAACCUUUAACUUUUCCAUUUUGCUCAUAUUUGUGCCAUUCAAACCGUUUCUUUUGUGUGUUCUUGCUGAAUGACGUUACCCUGAUGGGAAAAGGUAUUUAUUUACUGUCGUAGAAAAUGGUUACCUAAUUUAUUUAAAUGUGACAACCACCUAUUUAUUAGAAAACUAUCUAAUAUAUUGUGUUAUUGUUUUAUUUGUGAGACAUGAAACUUUUUGACCAUUCUGAUGUUCUUCGUGUUUGUGUUGCUUCUGCUGUUGCGCACGGACAAACCCAAAGCAGCAGGAUGACUGAUGUCUUAAUAAAAGAGAAAGAGCCAUCUGAAGCCCGACAGGUUAGAGCUCACCUUCGGCUCACUGCAAACAGCUGUUGCCUGGAGGAGCUUGAAAUUAACCGACUAAAUUAUAUCACUUGUCAUAUAGAUUGAUAUGAAAUGUCUUUUGUUUUCCUGCCUAAAAUGUAUUUGUGUUAAACAAGUGUUCUCAUUUGUUAUAAUAAAACCUCUGGAAGUU